AUGACCGCUGAACGAGCAAAGUCAAAAAUUGGUCGUUGGGUCGAUGAAACUAUGAAAGGAAAAUUCGAUAACUUUGUUGGUUCGCGAAAGAAAUCAUCAAGCUCCAACACUGCUACAAAAAUAAACAAUGUUUCAGAUAUACCUAUACUGCCGGAUGCAGAUGAAAAUAUUGACGCGGACUUGUUAUAUUCCGUAAAACCCGCCGAGCUGCAUUCUAGAACGACGGAAUCCACUUAUGAAGAGGAAACGACAAGACCUCCGAUUAAUUUGGCUGAAAUUGAUCUUGGACUAUUAUUCAGCAACAUGACGCGGAAACAUCACUUGGAAGACGUGGACGCGGAUGAGCGGGACGUAGGGAGAAUGAUACAGCGGCACCUCAAGCUGUUGAACAUUGGGACUGUGGGUGAAGACGAACAUCGACAUUCGACAUAA